AUGGCCACGGAGAACGGAUACGGCACGGUCGGCAAUGCCAAUGCCGGCCGAGGAUCCGGAACGCGCGGUGUCGUCGACGAGGAGCAGGCGCUAUUAGGACAGCCGCCGGCCAAGUCUAAUUGGCGCUCCCAUCUCACUGUCAACGUCCACCGAGACUGGGCCGACUUGGUUCUCCUCUUGUGCUAUUUCGUCACUGGUCUCCUCGACAGCGCGUCGAUACAGACAUGGGGGUCUUUCGUCUCCAUGCAGACAGGCAACACGGUCUACAUUGGCCUCGGUCUAGCUGCGCCUACUGAGUCGACGAGAUGGAUCAAGUCGGGCACUUCGCUAAUCUCGUUUUGCGUGGGGUCUUUCGUCUUCAGCCGAUUCCACCGGUACUUUAUGCCCAGUCGCCGCUGGGUGCUCUGUGCCUCGUUUGUCCUGCAAAUGGCCCUCAUCAUUGCUGCCGCCGGCAUCCUGACGUGGGGACCCAGCUCGGACAAUGAGCUCAGCUGGAACGUCUUGGUACCCAUUGGUCUCGUCGCCUUCCAAAGCUGCGGACAAGCCGUUGUCAGCAGGGCGCUCAAGUACAAUGCCUUGACCAGUGUCGUCUUGACUAGCAUUUACUGCGACCUGUUCUCCGACGCCGAGCUGUUUGCAGUAAAUAAUACUGAACGCAACCGCAGGGUCGGGGCACCCGUGUUGCUUUUGCUGGGUGCCUUUGUCGGUGGCCUCAUCGUGCGUACUGAUCUGGGAGCUGCUGGCAUCCUGUGGAUUGCGGCAGCGUUCAAGUUGGCUGUCGCUGUGACAUGGUUCUUCUGGCCUGCAGCCGAGUAG